GUCUGCAUGUAUUAGCGUCUAAUGAUCGCAAUUGUGUUACUCACUCAGAAGUAAAUAUUUUGUAUCAAGUUUUGCUAAACGCUCAACUUUAUAACGUCGCGACUUCCUUAUUUACAUCAUCUAUACCUUAUAUCCUUUCGAUGGCAGACCCCUUACUGACGUCGCUCUGCACCAUCUGCCAUAUACAAACUCCAAAAUACAAAUGUCCUCGAUGCAAAACCCGAACAUGUUCCUUAGCCUGUGUGAAGAAGCAUAAGAAAUGGUCAUCAUGCAACGGAGAACGCGAUCCCACAGUAUACAUACCGCGGGAGAAGCUGAAGACGGAUGCCGGCAUCGACCACGACUACAACUUCUUAACCAAAAUCGAGAGAUCCGUCGAACGAGUCGAGAAGUUUCUUAAGGAAGAAAAGGACAUAUUACCGCAAGAUGACGCCGCAUCGCGACCGCCGCCUAACAAAAGAGCACGUCUCCAUAAGGGCCAAAGUCGCGGAAGGGUUACUUUUGAGCAGAAUUCGCGGAGAUGGGACAAGAAUUCGAUGCAGCGGAUGCGGCAGCUGGGCAUCCGCGUUGCGUCUGUUCCCUACGGCAUGACUCGGGCGAAGGAGAACAAAACGAGCUGGAACAAGCGCACGAGGACUAUGAACUGGCAGGUCGAAUGGCUCGAGUGGAAAUCUAUUGGCUCUGCUGAGGGAAAGCCCGAUACGGAACCCUCGAAAAUUUUGCAUAAGAUACUGGAUGAAGUUCCUCUCUCCGUUGGGUUCGCAGAGAGUUUGGAAUAUCAUCGCCAGCGCCAUCUUAGCAGCCAGGAACGUACGCAGGAGAAGAAGCAAAGAUCCUUGGAGGACAAGAAGAUAAUCACUGGGAGCGGCCAAGAAGUGGCUACCACGGCUUGGAGUGGCGGUGAUUAUGUUAUGCAGGACUCGAAAACGGCUGCGUGGAACAAUGAAAUUUCAGGGUCACAAACGAUCGACAGGCUGAAGGAUAAAUACCGGUUCUUCUGCCUGAAGCCAAGGACACCUUCUAGGGAAGCACAAAGGCUCAUACCGCUACGACCGACCGACAACUUGGCUACCGUUCUACCCGGGCUCGACAUUGUCGAGUUCCCUACUAUAUGCGUAUUACCGGCCAACUCCGCGGCUAUUCCUGAAGGAUAUGUUGUUGAGAGUAGGCUGGGAAAAUCUAGGAAGCGGCAAGGUUCCGGUUUGGUUGGAUACCCGAGUGAAGAGGAGGGAGAGGCUAUGGACGAGCAAUUGGAUGGACAGGAUGACGAUACCACGAGUAGUUCAGGGUCAGACUCUUUUGACAUGUCAGAGUAAUUAAUGUGUGGUAAUGAUAGUCCCUCAAUGGGGACGUCUUCUGGUAUUGUGAAUUAAAUUCAUGGUGACUGGGCUGUGUUUAUUAUCUAAUAUCACAGCCACUCAAUAACUCAAUGUUGUUACAUUCAUAAAUAUGUGGUAGAGUAGGCGUUUCCGCAGGUGUAUUGGCAGGUAGUACUGAACAGAAGGAUGGGACGUUCUAGGCGCCUUACUCGUGAAUCUUGGGCAAACAGCAGUUGGUCUGUUUAUGUAUGUAAAUAGAGAAAGUAAGCCUGUUGGAACAAUAGCAAUAAGUG